AAGGAUCUUCAAGGUCAAAGUUUUAUUGUUUUUUUAUUCCCGUUGAGAUUGCGCACAACCUAUAAUCCUUUUAUAGGAUAACAAAACCGGUUAUGUGACUCAUGUUUCAUUGGAAUGGAGUUCCACAGAAAGAUGUUUACCUGUAGAGUCUUCCUUGGAACUCCACACGUGACUACUGCAGGUAUGCUUUAUAAUAACAGCCAAGCCGAACAAACAGUCAAAGCAAGCCUCAGUCAUACCAGGAGUCAGUCAUACCUUCAGUAGUAAAGCAAUCGACCUGAUAAGUCCUGAACGUUGUCUGGUGAAGAGAUCCACUCUGCUUCCAGUCUAUAUUGCAUCAUCUACAACUCUCAAGCCACCAUGUCCAUAAACGAAGAGCUGGAGUGUGUCGUGUGCUUCUGCGAGUACUCACGCAGCGACCGGGUCCCACGGGUCCUCCACUGCAACCACACCUUCUGCGCCCCCUGCCUGGAGACACUGUCCAGGCUGGAGGGGGUCAUCCGCAGCGUCUCCUGCCCUCUGUGCCGCUGGAUCACCUGCACCCGAGCCAGCCUGACCCUGCCCGGGUCCCUGUGGGUCAACACGGAGAUAUGGGACCAGAUUGCGGAGAUGGAGCAGCAUGGGAUGAGGCACCAAUCGGUGGAGGAUUUGAAGGACCCAAAGCCCCAACUCAUCAUGUCAAGACUCCCUCAUCCAAGACACACUGGUUUCAUGGCCACACUCCAAACAAUGUUCAGUUGUGUGCUGCAAAGACGAGAGAUGGUACGCUGCUGACUGUUUUAACAGCAGAAGAAAUGGCAUCUCUACCUCUCUCAUCGGGGUUUAACUGGACAGACUGAUGAAUGUGACAGCUCAGGACUCCGUGUUUUGCUGGACAAUAAUGGACCUGCGUCUCAUUCACUGCUCGUGUCUUGUGAGGAUCUAAAAAGCUUUGUGUGAGAUUUAGUAGCCUAAGAUUUUAAAGUAAGUUUUUGUGCUGCUGAACUCCAAAAAGGGGUUUAAAAGGACUGCACUGACUGGAAGUCAACAAGUCUUGAUCUGUGAAUGUUUUGUAAAAUACAUAUGUUUUUUUUACCACGAUAAGAGUAACUGCAAUAUCAUCAAAUCAAUAUUAACUUAAUCAAUCAAAAUGUUUUACUUUUUUUUUUUUUAAUACCUCCCAAAAGUGUGAAGAGCUCAUUCUGAUUUAAAGGACACAAUCCAGUGGCAAUAUGUGGUGUAUUAUAUAAUGUAUUGUAAAUUAUUCUAAAAUAUUCAUAUAUAUAUAUUUAUAUAUAUGUAUAUUUAUAUUUGUAUAUAUGUGUAUAUUUCUUCAUUAUUAUUAUCAAUUUGCCCGCAUGCGUUUUAAGAAAAUCAGAUCCGAUGUGGAUCACUGACAUGAAUGAUUCGUAUCCUCUAAAUUCUUUAGCACAAUUUAUUCAGAUUUAUUUAUUUUACAUAAAUAAAAACAUACAGCUUACAAGUAUUUUUUUUUUUUUUUUUUACUCGAGUUAGACACAUUUCCACAAAAACCUUAUCUGUGAAUGAAUUUGUUACUGUUGGGAACAUGAAGAAUAAUGUUCUAGUAAUCAAAAAAAUGUUUUUUUAAUAAAAAAAUCCAAAAAUA